UCGUUAUUUCCUUCUGAGAUCUUAGCUUCACCCCACGUUCUUCCUUUGAUCUGCAGCUUAGCGUUUUGCCAACCAGCGCUGGUUGUUCUUCCGUAACCACCAUGUCCUCACCUACCAAUCCGCCUGUGCCAGCGGAUCCUCCAGUGUCGACGGCAAAUUCGGGCGGGGUACGGCGACACCAUACGAUUACGGCUGCAUCUCGUUCUACUCGUAGCGCCGCCAGGGAAACGAUCUCGGAAGAAUCGCAGAAUCCUGAUCUCUGGAAUGAGGACGAGUAUGUUGGCGAAGAAUGGGUUGGCGGCGUGGGAGCCGUUGGAGAAAAGAGCUCGCUGCAUCGACAAAGCUCGUUGCCUACUCGAUAUCACCGAGCCUUCCAAAGCUCUAGUACCAAGUCUGGUACUUUGACGCCGAAGACGCUGAACAGUCUCACCGCCAUUGCUGGUCACGAAGGCGACGAGGAAGAGUGGGAACGGGAAAUCGGUGGUUAUUCUGCUCAUGAAGAGGAGCCGGCUCCUGGUGACGCUGUAGAUGUAUACAGCAACCCCACCGUCCCAUCCCCUCCACUUGCCGCUUCCGGCGUCCGUCGACAUGUUUCUCUUACCUAUGGUGCCCAGGGCGCGGGCGGCACCCGCCCCAAAAUGGCUUCAUCUACCCUCAAACGUUCUGGUACGCUGCAAACACCAACACCCGUUCAUCCUCCCCCUUCGCAAGAUGUCAUUGUUGCUGCGGCUGAAGAAGAGGAGUAUUCUUACUCAGAGGACCCGGCUGGUUACGAGGAGGACUAUUACGGCAAGCAGUAUGGUGGUCCUACGAGUCCUGUUGGUCGUUCUUCUCCUUGGUCCUCUAACAAUGAAUGGAGAGCCACUGGUGGAUCUGGAUUUUCCACGAGUAGCAGCGGCAGUUUGAAUAACAACUUGCCUAUGGACGAUGUCCAGCGCGCUCUAUCGGCUUUGGAUAUCUCCAACAACGGAGGUAACGGUCAAACCGUGUACGGUGGUAACUAUCAACCUGGAGGACAGAGCAACCAUCCACCGCGGUUCAAUCCUGCCCAUCCAUCGCCAAAUCAAGCCCUUGGUAGCCGUAACAACUCGGACGGCAACAAUGGAAACGGCAACAAUGGACGGAAACUACAGCUCAUGGCCGAUAAUGACGGACGGAAGACUCCACUUUCUCAGCCUACAACCGGAAGCGGUUUCCAACAGUAUCAACAACAGGGGCAGCAGUCUCAAUCUGCAGGCGCCGCGAAUUGGGAACAAAAGGAUAGGGGUGUCACCGGCCGCUCGUCUAACCCCAAUCUGCAGUAUGGUUACCAACAAGGCCACGGCAGGUCCGCGAGCAGUUCCAGUAGUGGGUCUGGUAUUCCAAGCGUACCUACGAUUCCAGCGCAGUAUCUUCAGCAGCAGCAACAGCGACCAGGAUUGGGUGUCGCCACGAACUUUUCGCAGGGACAAAGCGGUGGAAGUGGUCAGACUCCCACCCAAGGUCCAUUCGCUAGCACGCCCAUUGAUGUUCCCUCGCUGAUCGCAACGAAAGGAUACAAUCCAGGAAACUUUGAGACUAGGCCCCAAUUUGCACGGUUUUUCGUUAUCAAAUCGUACACUGAGGAUGACGUUCACAAAUCUUUAAAAUAUGAGAUUUGGAGUUCAACGGAUCCGGGGAACAAGCGGCUCGACAAGGCGUUCAAGGAAUGUGCGGGACGUGGUCCCAUUUACCUGUUCUUCAGUGUCAACGCGAGCGGACAUUUCUGUGGCAUGGCUGAAAUGUUGACACCGGUCGACUACACCCGAAGCAGUACGGUUUGGGCUUCCGAUAAAUGGAAGGGUGUAUUCAAAGUACGAUGGAUCUUUGUUCGAGAUAUUCCCAAUUUCAAUUUACGCCACAUCAAGCUAAACAAUACACAAGAGCGAAAACCUGUCACCAAUUCCAGGGACACCCAAGAGCUUCUACCUGAUGCUGGACAUGAGAUGCUGAGGAUAUUCCACUCACAUCCCGCGAGAACAUCCUUGUUGCAGGACUUUGCUUUCUACGAGCUUCAGGCGAUGCAGAAGAUGCAAGCCCAGUCCGGACCAUCUUCUCCUAGUAUCAGCAGCUCAAGCGGAGGGAUGCAUUCGCCACCUCUACAAAGCGUAUCACCGAUUCCUCAGCCCCAGCAAGCUCAACAGCAAAAUAUGUUCGCAGCGAACCCCAAUGCCAUGGCAUAUCAGAUGCCUCAGAUGACUCCCAUGAUGCAGAUGCAGAUGAUGGGAAUGAACAUCGGGAACCAGUUCGGCAUGCCGCAAGUGAUGCACCAGAGCGUGAUGAGGAACACUUCUCCCGGUCCUCAAGGUCCAGGACAGGGAUUCAUAGGAAUGCCUGGUUUUUAAUGAUAUUGAAAUAAGACAAGGCCACUGCCGAUAUCGUCGUUGUAUAGAAACCGACAACGUCGGUGCCUUCCCAUCCUCUCACUAAUAUGGGUCUUGGUUCUUAACUUCCCUUUUGUAUGAUUGCUAGUGUUCUCAAUCUAUAAUCUAUGGCUGUACGUACAUUUCUUUUGUUUUCAAGCCCUGUCCAAACUAUCUGCCAAAAGCCUUCCUGGCGUUUCUUCACGUCUUUACGAUCUUUCCUUCCUCUGUUUCAAUUUUCUGCGCGUUGUUUUACAUAUUCACGGAUAGUGCAUGGGACGGUGAAUGGACGAUGGAUCUUCCGCUUGUUCGCUAUCUUGCAAUGUACUUGCUCUACAAUUCGUAUUGUAUACAUCCAUAUCUGUUUUUAUUGCAUAGUUGACUUCCGCUUCUAAUUUGCGGUUGUGUCCAAAUCUGGAACGUUCAUAUA